AUGGCGGUGGAGAAAAACAGAAAAGUGGAUAAUGUGAAUGUGAAGAAGAGGAAUAUUGUAUUGGUUGGGAUUAAAAUCGAUGAUAGUGGCAAAAAGAUCUUGAAAUGGGCACUUGAAGAAGUUGCAGCACAUGGAGAUUGUGUUGUUGUUGUUCAUGUUUGCUCUACUUCUCAUCGUGCCUUGAAGAGCAAGUCAUCGUUGGAUCGGUACCUAGACUUUUACAGUGAAUUCUGCUCAACAAAGAAGAUUGAGCUCAAAGGAGAAGUUUUGAAGGGAAAUUCAGCUCAAGAAACUUUAGUUAAAGAAGCAAAGAGAUACAAUGCUAAUUCCAUUAUUCUUGGAGUUAAACAUCAAAGAAAAUUAAGUCUAAAAAUAGCUGAAGGCUGCGCAAAAGAGCUUCCUCCAACAACUGAUGUUGUGGCCAUCCACAGAGGAAAUAUAGUCUUUAGACGUUCCAACCAUUACCAACUACCACUUGCUCAAAAAAUGAUUUCAACACCAAGUUCUGAACUUUCUGAUGGAUUUUCAGACAAAGAUAGCGAAUUGACAUCCAAAGAAUCAACAUGCCAAGAGAAGAGGAAGGUUUCAGGAAGAUCUCUCUCUCUUCCAUCAGUAGAGGUUAUAGAUCAGAAACCAGGUUGGCCAUUGCUAAGAUCAACCACUUUGGUUACUCCAGUAGUUCAACAUCAGACUCGGAAAAUAUCAGUUGUCAAUUGGGUCAUGAACUUGCCUGAACGGUUUCCACAUCAUCCGAAUCUGAGCUUUUGCGAUAAACAACUUAAAGACAUACUAAAGGAAAUAGACAGAUGGUUUAGCUACGAUGUUCUUAAGGCAGCAACUUCAGAUUUCUCUUCAGAGAAUCUGAUCGGAAAAGGAGGAUGUAACGAAGUUUACAAAGGGUUUCUUGAAGACGGCAAAGCUGUGGCAGUGAAGAUCUUGAAAUCAUCUGUAAAAGAAGCAGUGAAGGAUUUUGUUCAUGAAGUGAGCAUAAUCUCUUCAUUGAGUCACCAAAACAUCUCUCCUUUGAUCGGUGUCUGUGUCCGGAACAAUGACCUAAUCUCCGUUUACAAUCUCUCAUCCAGAGGAAGCUUGGAGGACACUCUACAGG